UUUGCUAAUAAGGUCCUGCCAGGCUGGAAGGGAGCUAUCCCUGCCUGACUCUGGAGUGAGGAGCCACUGCGACAAUCCCCGGGCACCAUGAAACUGCUUCAAGUGACCGUCCUUUGUCUUCUGUCCAGUCUUUGUAGCAGUGACGACAACAUAGAUGCUGGAACUGCUACCACUCCUGUAUUAAAUUCAUCAACAAUUUCUGCAGCAAAAACAACUGUACCAACACUAUCAGCAACAGUGAAAUCACUAAAUUUUUUUGAAAAAUCAACAGUUGGAACAUCUCCCAAAGGAACAAUCAACAACCAAUCCUCACAAACAUCUCCGCUACCAACACUUCUUUCAUUAAGCACUACAGUUAAAAGUGAAGAAGCCACAACCAAUGUUUCAACGAAGAAAGUGUUGACCACCCCAAGUACAACAGUGACAAAUCUUACACUUCCAAAUGCUGUUUCAACAUUACAAAGUUCCCAACACAAGACUGAGAAUCAGAGUUCAGUCAAUGCCACAAAAAUAUCAGGUAGCACUCCACAACCAGAUACCUCACCUUCUAAACCCAGAAUAGUACCCUCAGUAUCAACAACAAUUCCAGAAAACAUCUCACUAUCUCAGGGCACUGAGAAUGCAAAAAAUGCAAGUCCUUCAACCAACCCCUCUCGUUCCAGUAUUAUUUUGCCUGUGGUUAUUGCUUUGAUUGUAAUAACACUAUCAGUAUUUGCUCUGGUGGGUUUGUAUCGACUGUGCAGGAAGACAGACCCAGGCACACCAGAGAAUGGAAAUGACCAACCUCAGUCCGACAAAGAGAGUGUGAAGCUUCUCACUGUGAAGACAAUCUCUCAUGAGUCUGGCUUAAUCUUCAGCUUCUAUGAUCCAGGAGUAGAAAGAGAGAAAGCCCUGUGGAAUGAAUCCUGACUUCCAAUCCUGCUCGCCAGUCUAUACCAGUCGCCUAUCCCAAGAAAGCGAUGUCCAGAUGACAUGCAAUAAUCUGAUAGAAUCAAUAAAAUCCUGGGUCUCAUUUGUACAUUAUACAGGAACAUUCUCAGGAGAACACAUUUUAGGAAAGGCAUUUGUGAUCUAUUAACCUGACAGCCCAGGCAUGUGAGUUCACUGAUGACAUGAUCUUCCCUCAAGUUUGAAGUUUCCAGAACCCACAAUUUUUAUCCAUGGGGACUUUCCUACUUCCUUGGUGUUCUUCUAUUACCUAAUGUUUGUAUUUAUUGUUUUCCACUAUGUUAAUGCAGGGAACACUUGCAAGUGUAUUAUUAAAUAUUAGGUAGAAAUCAUGAUGCGCCACUUUGUACAUAAAGAUAUUUUAUUCAUAUUUUCAUGUGUUACUUUUAAUAAAUAUUUACUAUAUUCAAUACACUAAAGUAUAACAUGACUGUGAAAAUGUCAAAGGUAUUGUCUUUUCAUGAUUAUGAAAAAUUGGGGGUUGAUUAUUAGAUUAUGGGAACUCUGUAAUGAAAGGCAUCUGUAAUAAGUGAGGGACAAAGGAUUCACGUAUCAGACCCUGUUAGAGGUAAGUCAUACCAUUUCUUUGGUUUUUCUAUUUGUAAUUCACACUAUGUAAUAAGGAUGUAAGGGCAUUUAUGACACUCUGUACUGCAUUCAUUAAGAAGAUAAACAGGAUUGAGAGUUUUUCAUAACCUUUUCAGUUAAUGCUAUCUCUGUGCAUUUUUUAUUUCUUUUAGAAAUGGAAUGAUUUGUUCUAACAAUCAUUGUUAAAUGAACACUUCAUAAAUACAUAAUUGUUAUAUUA